GAAUCGGGCCAAGGAGGACCAGGGGUCCCCUGGUGGGCUCGCCGCGCUGGGGCACGAGAGCAACUCCGUGGGGGCCAAGCAGGACAACCAGAUGAGGCGGGCGCAGUUCGACGACUUCUGCAGGGUCCACAGGCUCGAAGCGGAGACCGACGCGGGCCUCGUGGAGGCGCCGGUAGAGUUCAUGGGCCCGACGGGCAGCAGCGAGAAGCCAUCCAGCAGCAAGACCAAGCUGCUCGCGACGGUCGGCGCGGGCGCUGCCGGGCUGGGGGAGGCUGGGGCAGCCCUCGCACCGCUCGUCAGCCAGAAGCGGAAGCGAGCGGGGCUGGGGGUGGCAGGGGAGAGCGUGGCGACCACGACGAGAGGCCUCAACGAGUUCAUACUGUUGGUCAGCCCUCGCCAGCCGUACCUUGGCCCGAUGGAGCAGCUAGCCGCGGACCUGGGCCCCGCGCAGCUUCCUUUGCCGUGGUCGAGCGCGGCCAACAAUGCUCCGUUCCGGAAUGCCGACGCCCACGUGGAAGGCGCCCCGCGCGCCGGCUGCGCCGUGGUGUUCGACCAGAGGCAGCAGGAGCAGGCGCUUGCCUGA